AUGUCAGUAAAUGAGAUAGCAGAGCUUCACGGGGCGACUACGGAUAUUCAUUCGCUCUCUUGGCUGCAUACUAGUAUUAGUUGGCAACAGUCUCGAUCGUUAUGGCUCAAGGAGGGAGAUGCUAACUCUAAGUAUUUUCACUCGGUCUUGGAAGGCCGUUGUCGAAUGAAUGCUAUUUCUGUGAUUCAAGUGGGUGGGGAUACUCUAGAGGGAGUGUCUCCUAUUCGGCAGGCUGUGUUUACUCAUUUUACGGAUCACUUCAGGAAAUACAAUGUGGAGAGGCUCGGGGUGGAUAAUCUUCUGUUUAAAAGGUUGAACCAUCACGAGGGUAGUAGUCUUACCAAGCCUUUCACAGAGUUAGAGGUGAAAUCUACUGUGUGGGACUGUGAUAGUUAUAAAAGCUCAUGUCCUGACGGGAUAAAUUUUGGUUUCAUUAAGGAUUUUUGGGCUGAACUUUGUGGUGAUGUUAUGCGUUUUAUCUCUGAUUUUCAUAGGAAUGGUAAACUAUCAAAGGGUAUCAACUCUACUUUCAUCGCUCUGAUUCCAAAGGUCGACAGUCCUCAACGGCUGAAUGACUUUCGGCCAAUUUCGCUGGAUAGAAAGAUUUUGGAUGGUAUUCUCAUUGCCAAUGAGGUAGUAGAUGAUGCUCGUAAGGCUAAAAAAGAACUCGUGCUCUUUAAGGUGGAUUUUGAGAAAGCCAAUGAUUCUGUGGAUUGGGGGUAUCUGGACAAGGUUAUGGAGAGGAUAGCGUUUCCAACUCUUUGGAGGAAGUGGUUUAGGGAGUGUGUGGGCACAGCUACUGCAUCUAUUCUUGUUAAUGGCAACCCAACUGAUGAAUUCCCUCUUGAACGGGGUCUUAGACAAGGAGAUCUGUUAUCUCCUUUCCUUUUUCUCUUGGCUGUUGAGGGUUUGAAUGUUCUGAUGGAGGCUAUGGUUACUCAUAACUUUUUUACGGGGUAUAGGAUUGGGGAGAGUGAUCCGACUUUGGUGUCGCACCUUCAGUUUGCUGAUGACACCCUUCUGCUUGGGGAGAAGAGUUGGGCUAACGUUCGGGCUUUGCGGGCUGCUUUGGUGUUGUUUAAGACUAUGUCUGGCUUGAAGGCGAAGCUUCCUAUUGUGGGUGAUUCGAGGCGUCUGAUUUUCUGGGAACCGGUGUUUGCUCGUUUAAAGAAUAGAUUAUCUGGGUGGAAAGGUCGUUUUCUUUCUUUUGGUGGUUGUCUGGUUUUACUUAAGUUUGUCUUGACAUCGUUACAUGUCUAUGCUCUAUCCUUCUUCAAAGCUCCUUCAGAUUCUUGGUUGGAUGAGACUCCUCUUUGUGAGCGGUUUGGGCGCUUGUUUGCUUUGGCAGAGACCAAAUCGCAUACGGUGGCUGAGAUGUUCUCUUUGGGGUGGGGGUUAGAUGGGGCGGCUUGGGUGUGGAGGAGGCAGCUGAGGGCCUGGGAGGAGGAGUUGUUGGGGGAGUGUCAGUCUUUACUCUCUGUCAUUUCUUUACAGGUACAAACUUCAGAUAGGUGGCAAUGGCAGCUAGACCCUGAUUCAGGCUACACUGUCCGGGGCGCUUAUCAGCUUCUGACUACUAUGGAUUCGAUUAUUGUGGAUGACGCGGAGCAUCUUAUUUGGCAGCCUCAGGUUCCCUUGAAGGUUUCCAUUUUUGCGUGGCGUUUAUUGCGUGAUAGGUUACCCACAAAGUCAAACCUAGUCACUCGAGGCAUUUUAUCUUCUGCAGCUCAUCACUGUGUUUCUGGUUGUGGGGUGCCUGAGUCGGCCCACCAUUUAUUCAUCUAUUGCAGUACUUUUGGUUCUAUUCGGGAUUUAGUUCGCUCUUGGAUUGGCAUUUCAUCGACGGGUUUCACUUCCAUCCGAGAUCAUUUUGUUCAGUUUACUUUAUCAGCUGGUGGAUCUAGAGCACGUCGGUCUUUUUUGCAACUCAUUUGGCUUGUUAGUGUAUGGGUUGUGUGGACGGAAAGAAAUCAUAGAUUGUUCAGAGUCUAUCUUAACACAUCUUGUGCUGAGAAAGCUGUUUUUUGUUAA